AUGGAGGAUUCAACCGCGCAAGAUUGGCACGAACGCGACAACAAAAAUGGAGUUGUCAGUGAAGAGAGUAUUGGGAGUGAAAUCAAGUUCUCCAUUUCAAAACAGGAUGUUUUAAUUCUCCUCGCGAUGGCCAGCUUGAGCUUGAUGGCCGCGCUGGAUGGGACAUCUAUUUCUGUGGCUUUGCCGACCAUGGCCCAUGAUUUAGGUGGCAGCGCAAUCGAAGCAUUUUGGACGGGAACCUCAUUCACACUUUGUUCCGCAGUCUUUCAACCAGUAUUCUCGUCAUUAUCCGACUUGUUCGGUCGGAAACCAUUGAUUGUUGUCGCGAUAGCAUGGUUUACCAUUGGAGCAAUUGUGGCUGGGGUCUCCACUAACUUCACGCAUAUGCUCAUCGGUCGGUCGCUCCAGGGAAUCGGAGGUGGUGGGAUUAUCACCCUCACUGCGAUAAUCAUCGCCGACAUUGUGCCUCUCAGUCAUAGGGCAAAAUACUUUGGAAUGCUCAGCGCGAUAUGGAGUUUAGGAACAGUGAUAGGGCCCGUCAUUGGGGGUUGCUUUGCAGAGAACGUCACAUGGCGCUGGAUCUUCUAUAUCAAUUUUCCCUUCAUUGGAAUCGGGGCGGUCUUGGUUGCUUGGUCGUCCAGCUUUCGGGCCGGAAAGGGCUCUUUCGCUAAACAAGUGCGAAAGAUUGAUUUCGUUGGAAUCGCCCUGUUCAUUCCAAGCUCUGCUUCAUUCUUGAUACCGCUGACUUGGGGAGGUGUCUUAUAUCCCUGGGAUUCGUGGCACACAUUGGCCCCAUUGAUCAUCGGAGUAAUCGGAUUCUGUGUAUUCGCGAUCUACGAAUGUAAAUUCGCGUUGCAACCAAUGAUACCACCGGCAAUCUUUCACAACCGAACAGCCCUCAUAUCCUUCGCAGGUUAUGCGGCCGUCGGCCUACUCGUCUGGUGCACUCUAUAUUUCCUUCCGCUCUACUACGAAGCCGUGAAGGGAUUCAAGCCCAUAAUGACCGGAAUUGCUCUUUUCCCCGAGACAUUCACCGUCGCGCCGAGCGGAGUAAUUGUCGGGCUUCUCAUCAGUCGAACGGGUCAGUACUACUGGGCCGUCUGUACCGGAUGGUGCAUUUCGACCAUUGGAAUGGGCUUGCUGUGUCUAUUGGAUGCAAACAGCGGAACCUUGACCUGGAUUUUCUUGAAUCUCGUGCCGGGCAUUGGUAUCGGAAUGGUCCUUCCCUCUGUCGCACUAGCAGUGCAGGCAUCGGCAACGUCUAAAAACCUAGCGAUUGCUGUCGCCACAUCGACUUCAUUCCGAGGCUUUGGACAGUCCAUCGGCGUGGCGAUCGGUGGCGUCAUAUUUCAAAAUCGAAUGAAGAGCAAUCUACUGCAAUACCCUCGCCUACGGUCGUUGGCAGAUAAAUACAGCGGUGAUGCGGCGAGCGCGGUGGAGUUGAUCAGAGCAAUGACUGAUGGCCAGGUUAAGGAGGAUCUGAAGCAGGCUUAUGCUGAUAGUUUGAAGAUUGUGUGGGCGUUUUGCUGUGGUGUUUCGGGACUGGUAUUUUUCAUCAGUCUCUUCACCGAGACUUAUGAUUUGAAUCGCAUCCUUGUUACAAAACAGGGCACUGAGAUAGAGGAGAUAUGUGAGCGGGAGAAUGAGGUUGUUGAUAAUUGA